GUUGAGCAGUAGAAAGAGCUUGAAAGGAUGCAGGGAAGAUGGCGAUGAAUGUAAAGAACAGAGAUGCUUUUUAUUCAAGUGCUGACUAUUGCAAUAUCUACAGCUCUCAGCCUGUAAACUAUGGAGACUGCAGCCAUUAUUUCCCCCGGAUGACAGGUCCGGACCCUGUUUUAAAACCACCUCUUAGCUUGUUAUGUCAUCAGCCGCCUCAGCCCUUCCAGGCCAUGACCCCGAUCCAAAACCUCAGUCCCCCGCCGAUGAUGAUGCUGCCGGACCCCUUGCGUUUCCCACACUGCACUCCUCUAGCCAUAAAGCCACCCCCUCACCUCCAGUUGCCACCCAACCUGCCCAUCCCAGCACCCCCCGUCCUCAGUCCCAAGCCCCCUGAAGAAGACGGCCAGGCGGUGGGUGCUGACCAGGAAGCCACUCUGGAGGAGCUCUGCAAGCCUCUAUACUGUAAGCUCUGUAACGUCACUCUCAACUCUGCCCAACAAGCUCAGGCACAUUAUCAGGGGAAAAACCACAGUAAGAAGCUGCGCAAUUUUUAUGCUGGCAGCCAGCAGCCACCUCCCAUUAGAAUAGCAGAGGUAGUAGAGCCAGUUUCCCAGCAACCCUCAGCCACUCCACCCACAGAUUCUGCAAACGCGACUGCCAACCAGCCAGUCUCUAAGGGCGCUAGCAGAGUCAUACUGGCCACAGAAAAUGACUACUGCAAGCUGUGUGAUGCUUCCUUCAGCUCCCCCGCUGUGGCCCAGGCACACUACCAGGGCAAGAACCACGCCAAAAGACUGCGGCUGGCCGAGGCGCAGCAGAACGCCACGUCCUUAGACACUCAGAGACGGCCACGGAAAGAAGGAUACGAGUACCGAUUAAUGAAGAACCGUAGGGUUCAGAACAACACUGCCAUGCCAGGCCCUUACUACAACCCCCGGCCGAGGCAGCGUAUCCCACGAGACCUUGCGAUGUGUGUCACACCCAGCGGGCAGUUCUAUUGCUCAAUGUGUAACUCAGGAGCCAGUGAGGAAGCAGAGUUUCGUUUACACCUGGAGAGCAAGCAGCAUAAAAGCAGAGUGUCCGAGCAACGCUACCGUAGCGAGAUGGAGAAUCUGGGAUACACUUAAGAGACAGCCAAUAAGUGAUUCCCAGAUCCUGAGGAAAUGAUCUUGAAAUUUUGGAAAUAGCCACUUUUGUUUAUAAAUGUAAGAUGACGUUUUUUUUAAGUGUGUUAUUCUAGAAGCAAUUUAUUAGCUAAAAUUAGCACACAAUGCAGAGCAAACAUUUAUUUUGAACCAGACAACAGGUCUAUUGGAAAGUUCUAGGAAGCUUUAUUUAAUAAGAGAUAUCUAACAAAACGUUUUAAACGCACGUAAGCACAGCUUUAGGCUCAGUCUUAUCCUAUCAUGCUUAUCCGAGAUCAUCUUUUGAGCAAAUACACAAAUCUAUUGCAGUAUACUGCAAUAUUGGGGAUUUGAAACUUUCAGUAGGGAUCUCUGUAAAUGUCUAGCCUUUUUUUAUUGUAAUUUAUUUAAAAUGUUCUCCAACAUGCUUUGGAGAGAUAACAAGUGUUAAAAAAAAAAAAAAAACAGUUGUUUGUUUUCCAGCUGUUUUUGCGUGCAAUUGAUGCCUCAGAAAUGGACAAAUCUAGCAGCAGUCAGUUACCUAAACAAACAGAAGUGGCAAUCCUACUCACUCUGAGCCGUAGAUUCACUGUGUUUCUUAAGGAGCUACAGAACGCACACUCUGCCGAUCAGAUUAGAGACAGCAUUCCCAGGAGAAUCCACACGGGGAGUCUCCGGUGUGCCUGCUGAAUGUAUUAUGAAAGCAAUGACAAUAGAUCUACGUCUGUCUGUCAUCUAGCACAUGUUUACUAGAUGUAGUGGGAGUUUUUAAAUCUGAUAAACAACAUUUAGUCUAUCUUGGGGUGUACGUCUAAUAUUGUUAACCAGCAUGCUUCAGUGCGAAAUAAUUUGGGUGAUUUCUGUUUAUUUUCAUCUUGGAUUAUCUCCAGGGAAUCUCUCCCCACACUAAAGGGAGAAAUGGAAAACAUGGCUAUUUUGAAUAAGGUCUGUGCCAUGCCCCCUACCUCAGUCAUUACCUUCUGACUUAGUAGUUUUUAAGUUGGCCUACCAAAGCGUAUCUGAGAAAUGCUUUAAUAUUUUUACAUUUUGUCUCCAAUAUUUACUGAGGAAACCAUGACCUUUGAUGGAAUCGUUCACCCUAAAAUAAAAAUUUGCUGAAAUCGAAUUCACCCUCAAGCCAUACAAGAUGUAGAUGAGUUUGUUUCUUCAUCCAAGCAGAUUUAGAUAAAUUUAGCCUUAGCUACAUAAUUUGCUCACCAAUGGUUUUUAUCAGCUGUUCGGACUUUCUUUCUGACGGCACCCAUUCACUGCAGAGGAUCCAUUGGUGAACAAGUGAUGCAAUACAAAAUUCAAACUCAUCUGCAUAUUUGAUGGCCUGAGGGUGAGUAAAUUUUAAGUAACUUUUCAUGUUUAGGUGAAUUAUUCAUUUUAAGGGGUUAUAUUGGGACAAGUAGGAGCCAUAAAAAAAAUAUUAUUUUUAAACUACUUUGUUUUUUUGUUCAUGGAUGCACGAUUGCAUGCAUAAACAUUGCCCUUGCCCUAUUUUAUCACUUAAAAAUUAUUUUAUAAAAUACUUUUUCAAUAUUAUAAACAGAAGAAGUGACACAGUUUAACUCUUGCUGUUUUUGUUGCUCUUAAAUAAGCUAUAAAAUCACUCUUCAGAGUUGUAGUCCAUUGUCGCUAAAUGUUUGCGAUUGUAAUUCUUCUCUGAUUUAGUAUUAGUUCUGCAUGAAAUUGUUGCUGCCUGUACAUAUUAAGAGGACAAUUACGCUGCAAGAAAAUGACUACUGCAGAACUGAAUUGCACUUAAGAAAUGGAAAAGACAGUAUUGUGAUAAGUCAAAUUACUACACAGUCAUCUAUGUUCUUUCAAAUCAAAUGUUUACAGUAGGAAUCAUCACAAGGGACUUAUGGGAGAGCUUGACGGACUAAUGGACUCAUAGGAGCGGUGAAGACAUCUUAAAUGUGCCUCGGAGUAUAAAGCCUACUCAACUGUGAUGUUGAACAUUUCAUGUUCUGCUUUGCAUAUCUUUCCAGUUGGAGGGACUUGCAGUCUGGCAUAACAAGCAAUGUUUUGUGUAUUAAAAUACUGACCAUUUAUGUCAAGCUCUUUUUAUAUAAAUGUGGUGAUUUGUUUCAUAUGUAUAUAUUGAUAUACAUUUAAAAAGGUCACUUUGCAUUUUAAACAUGAUAAUGCUAAUCUAAUUAUUCCAUAAAAUGCACCAUUGAUCAUCAGUGUGAUGCUUUGAUGGUAGAAAUUGUUUAGGGGUUUGCCACUUGCAUUGGACAAAUACAACAGAAAGGCAAGAGGAAAUGCAAUCAGAACAUGUUGCAUGCCGGACUAGAACCUGCAUUAUCUAUAUAAGCACUACAGCUAUAAAAACUCUGGUGGUGUUUUCUACUGGUAGCCAUUGUAUUUGCACCCAGAGAUUCAAGCCAUAUCCUGUUUUGUGUUUUGUAUGCUCAGGAAGUUGUGACCCUAUCUGGAUACAGACCUUCCCAAAGGACGCCAACAGGGACACAUGAUUCUCCCCAAAUGGAGAUUCCAACAGUCUAUUCCCUUCGAGCAAUUCACGAUUGUUCGCCCUUUCAUAAAUACAUCUGUUUAAAUUAGUUAUUAUCGAGUCCUAUUGUUUUGUAAAGGAUUAGCAGAAACAUUUUAGUGUCUUUUAAAGACGUUUUUAUAUAAUGGUUGCCUUUUCAUGUUCAUUAAAGGACUACGUGCAAUACAGAUGAUGUGAUAUUUAUCUGACCUCUUCCUUUUUUCCCUCGAGAUGUAUUAAACAGUGGUUCAGUGUCUUGAAUGUACAGUACAGAUGAAAGAACAUUCUAACUUUAUUGUAAAGAGUCCUGGAACUCUGGAGUUUUGAACAGAAUAUAAUGUAUUAAUAAAAUAUUUAAUAA